AGUGUCAUGGAGCUAAAAAACAGGCGACUGCCAGAAAAAUCACUUCCUCAUGAACAACUGGUGGGAGAGCCAGGGCUGCUCAGGACCUACCCGAGCCCUGGUGCUUCCUUCCUCCCUCCCUUCAGCUUUUGCCAGCUAAAGUCUGAAAAGGCAGCAGGAUGCCAAGUUCAGCAACUCCUUUGCAGGGCUGCCUGCACACCAGGAGCAGCAAGGAAGGAGAAAUGCAGGAGCAAUCACCUUCCAGCAUCUCUCCGGCUCCUUUGGGGAGGAGGAGCAGGAUGGACGUUCUGCGGCCCACCCUGAUAAGGAUUGAGGGGCGGGUGUAUAGGAAGAAUGCCAUUCAAGAGCAGGCCUACCAGCAUGAAGAGGAGGAUGAUUUCUGUGCAGGCCCUGGUGACUGUGCAGAUGAGCCCUGUGAUGUCUUUGUGGUGGAAGAGACUGAGAAAGGCUUCCAGUGCAGACUGGAGGUUCCCAGCCUGUUAUACAAGUACAUCAUCGGGAAGAAAGGGGAAACCAAGAAAAGACUAGAAGCAGAGACUCGAACCUCCAUCAGCAUUCCCAAGCUUGGAGUGGAAGGAGAAAUUGUGAUUACUGGGCAGCAUCGCAGUGGUGUCAUCUCUGCCCGAACGCGGAUUGAUGUUCUCCUGGACAGCUUCCGUAAGAAGCAGCCCUUCACACACUUCCUGUCUUUGGCUCUCAACCAGCCCACCAUCCAGGAGAAGUUCCUGCAGUUCAAGGAAGAGGUGUUGGAGAAAUGCUCAAAGGAUCACGGGGUCAGCAGCAGCCUGUUCCAGAACCCUUCUAAGCUUCAUCUGACUCUUGGGACGCUGGUACUUCUGAAUGAACAAGAGAUCCAGAAAGCAUGUGACCUCCUACAGCAAUGCAAAGAGGACUUUGUGGACCAAAUUGCUGGAGGCAAGCCCUUGACUGUGGAAGUGGUAGGAGUGGAGUACAUGAACGAUGACCCUGCCAUGACAGACGUCCUUUAUGCCAAAGUCCACAUGAAGGAUGGCUCGGACAGAUUGCAGGUGAUUGCUGAUCAACUGGUGGAGCGGUUUGUGGCCUCCGGCUUGAUGCUUAAAGAGUGGGAUAGGGUGAAACUGCAUGCUACAGUCAUGAACACUCUCUUCAGGAAAGAUCCAAGUGCUGAAGAGCGAAACAAUACAAUGACUGGUAAAUCAUCUUUCAAGGAGCGAGAGUCAUUUAAUGGCCGAAAUAUCCUCAAGGUCUUGGUGAUUUGUGGCAAAGCUUGCAGAUAUAUAUGACUCCAGAAUUAGCAAGCUGAAUGCAAAUGAUAAAGGAGUUAGUGCUUUGCUAAUGAUAACAGAUCAGCUGCACUCCCAAAAGAUAGAUGGUUGGGACUUUUAUGACCAUAUUUUCUGCCUCCUGAAGUCUGCAUGUUUUAUUCAUCUUAAGGGUAAAAACCUUCUUCCUUCUUCCUGAGGUGAAAGGGCCUCUGCUGCCACCUUUUAAAACCUGCCAGAGGUUGGAAGAAAACAAGAGGGGAAGGGCUGUUGCUUGCGUUGUCUGGAUGGAAGGACUCGAUGCUGUACUGGUGAUGGAGACACUCCAGAGCCAGCUGAGCACUUGCAGAACAACACAAAUCUUUUACAUACACCCACCAAGCUUUGUGGCUUGAUGCCUGGAGGCCUUGGCACAGGCAGUGUGCCCGUGAUGACGGACCAGAUGACAACCACCUUCUCUCUGCCCUUCCUAGCCCUCUCUUCCACCCUUGCCCUGCCACUCUGCAUGACAUCUUAAUCCUGUAACGCCUAUGCACUAGUGGAAGGUGUUGGAUGCCCAUCCAGUGGUCCUUUAAAAAGCCAUGAAGAGGAAGCAGUUGCUUCUGGAGAGGGGGGGAACACUGGAAAGAGCCACCUUUCUGGAUGAGUGCCUGUCUGCCUGCUUUUCCUACACUUCUCAUGCAUUACAGCUGGCAAGCUUCCAAGCACAAUUAAACCUCUGACAGAUAAUCAUUGAUGGAGUGGUGUCCCUAGUGAAUAAUACAGGAAUCAGGUAUUUCUUUUUUGGCACCAAACUGCUUCAGAAAACAUAUUUUGGAAGUGGAAAAUAGAAGGGAAAAACCUAUUAAUUGAACAAACUUCUCAGAUCUUGACACACUGCCCAGUUGUGUCUCAUCUUCUGGGAGCCACCAGGGGAUUUGGUUUGGGGAUUUUCUGUCAUAGUUUGGGUGUGUUUAGAUAGUAAAUGGAAAAGGUUUUGGUGCAUUUCUCAGGAUGAGGAAGAAGGAGGUCUACUAGCAUAUACUGCAGCCUUGGAACUGGAACAGUUUCUGACGUUUCUUGCUAUGGAGAUAACAGAAUUCUCUAGACCACUGGGGUGGUCAACAGGGAGGUGUUGGGAGCGUAAAUCUAUAAAGCCAAAACGGGGCACAGGCAGGCUGGCCCUUGAGGUCCCUCUUGCCAACAG